UCUGAAAAUUGGAGAACUCUAGUCCCCAAACGGCCAAACUCUUCUCCUCCGAACUUCGAAAGCAGCCCGUAGCCACCAUUUCUCUUCGAAGUCAUCGCCACUCUUCUCCUCCGCACAGACGGUGGGUGCGGUGUCGCGUGUGGAAGGCUGGAAGCUCUGUUCGGCGGAAGUUUGUACGCAGCCCGCAACCGCCAUCCCUCUUCUCAUCCUUCCUCAUUUCGCCGCCGUUGUAGGAAGGUCUCCUACUCUCCUCUCCUCUCCUCUCAUCGUUCUCGGUCAUCGUCUCCUCUGUUCGAACUCUCUCUCUCUCUCUCUCUCUCUCUCUCUCGUAGUUCCCGCUCCUCCGUCACCGUCACUUCCUUUCCUCCCUCACCGCCAUGGAUAGAGUAAGUUUCUAAACCCAAUAAGAAAGCAGUUAAUAAAGCAUUGUUAGGUGCAAAAGAAGCUAUGCUUGGGAUUAGAUGAGGCUGCAGGUGUUCCUUUCAUGCAGAUUGAACCAGAAUCACAAACAAAACUUUUAGAUGCUACACUGAACUUGGAAGGAGUGUUGUUGGCUGGAGUUCCAGGAGCAGGAGGAUUUGAUGUUGUCUUUGAUGCUACUUUGGGAGAUUGAAGCAGCAAUGUGAAAAAAAUAUGGAGCUUACUCAAUGUUAUUUAAUAUUUAAUUAAACCGCCCCUGGUUGAACCUCGGUCGAACCGUUGAACCAGUGAACCAGUCACCUUACCGGUUUGUUGACCGGUUCGGUUUUCACAACCUUAAAGAUCAGCUCAUUCCCAACCAACCAACCAACCCAGCAAAGUUCAAAAUCACCCAACCAAACACUAGGUUCUCCCUGCAACGGUUCUGCCGUACUGCCACCGCCGUCCAUGCUGUCGGCGCCUCCACGUCCUCUCUUGUAGCCCAGGCCCUCUCUUGUAGCUCGGCGUCCUCCUUCCCGCUGUCCCCGUCCUCCCUGGCUUCUCUGUUCAAGGCUUGGAGCAGCUCGCCGUCAUUUCACCAGUCGCCGUCCGUGUCUCCGUCGAAGCACGCAAUACGCAUCUAUGCAAUAGAAGCAUUAACAAGGUGGUUUUGUUUGUUUGUCAAUGCGUCUUGCAAUUGCACUUCAAGUCCAAGGUUUCUUAUUCUUAAGACCUUAUUCACUCAUCAUUCAGCACUGCCCUUCCCCUUCUCCUCCUUCCAUCUCACAAGUCUACGACGACCUUCUCCGCAUUUGCUUCCGCUUACAACAAACUAAAACUAAUCCCCAUCACCAUCACGACUACCAUGUGUUCGACAAUAUUCCCAACCACGGCGACGGGGAAAUGGCCAAAGUUGUUCAUGCACACGCCAUCAAACACGACAUUUCCUCUGAUGGCUUCCUCGCAAGUGCCACCAUCGAUCUCUACGCCGCUGCCGGCAAUGUCCCUUUCGCUCAGAGGCUCUUCCACCGGCUCCAUCCCCGUCAAAGACAUUUAUCCGCUUAUAAUUCUAUCAUUUCCAUGUACUCAAGGCAGAAGUUAUUCCAAAAUGCACUCCGUUGUUUCGUUUCUAUGAUGCGUUUUGGCCAGUUGCCUGACCAAUUCACGCUCGCUAUAGCUCUCUCUGUUUGUUCAAAGCUCAGGAAUGUUGAAUUCGGCACACUGCUUCACUCCUGCGUGAUCAAGGUAGGUUUUGAAUCCAAUCCGUUCUGCCAAGGUGCUCUUAUCAAUCUCUAUGCCAAAUGCGGCUUUCUCCGCCAUGCUAGCGCCAUAUUUGACGCCACAGUCCACUUGGACACUGUUUCUUGGACAGCUUUGAUUUCUGGUUAUGUUCGAGCCGGGCUGCCGCAGGACGCCCUCCAGGUGUUUGACAAAAUGCAGAUAGCUGGCUGCUCUCCUGACCAGGUGGUUUUUGUGACUGUUCUCAAUGCUCUUGUGAAUUUGGGUAAGCUGGAUGAUGCCUGUAAAUUGUUCCGAGACAUGCACACUAGCAAUGUUGUGGCAUGGAAUGCGAUGAUCUCUGGUCAUGCUAAGAGGGGCCAUCAUAAGGAGGCCAUUGAGUUCUUUCUCGAAAUGAGGAAGUGUGGUAUAAAGUCCUCAAGGUCCACGCUGGCAAGUGUUCUUAGUGCGAUUGCCAGCUUAGCUGCGUUGGAUUAUGGGUUACUAGUCCAUGGAGAGGCUAUCAAACAAGGUUUGGGUUCUAGUAUAUAUGUGGGAAGUUCUUUGAUCAGUAUGUAUGGGAAGUGCGAAAUGUUAGAUGCUGCAAAGCAAGUAUUUGAUGUCAUGUCUGAGAAAAAUAUGGUCACUUGGAAUGCCAUGCUGGGAGUUUAUGCACAGAAUGGUUAUUUCAAUCAUGUAUUGGAGCUAUUCCUUAAUAUGACACGACGUACCAUUGAACCGGACGAAUUUACCUUCACUAGCAUUUUGAGUUCAUGUGCUUGUUUUGAAAGCUUAGAAAUUGGUCGUCAGGUGCAUUCAGUUGUUAUCAAGAGAAGUUUUGCAAACAAUUUAUUUGUGAACAAUGCAUUGGUAGAUAUGUAUGCCAAGGCUGGGGAUUUGAAGGAAGCUAGGAAACAAUUUGAGCGCAUGAAAACCCGAGAUAACAUUUCUUGGAAUGCCAUUAUUGUUGGAUACGUGCAUGAAGAAGAGGAAACUGAUGCUUUCAAAAUGUUCAACAGAAUGAGGUUACAUGGCAUAGUACCUGAUGAAGUAGCUUUGGCAAGUAUACUUAGCGCUUGUGGAAAUGUUAAUCUAUUAGAAGAAGGAUUGCAGUUCCAUUGCCUGGCAGUUAAGUUGGGAUUAGAAACAAACCUUUUUGUUGGAAGUUCUCUUAUUGACAUGUAUUCUAAAUGCUGCUCCAUUGAAGAUGCACGAAAAAUCUAUUCUAGAAUGCCUGAAUGGAGUGUGGUAUCCAUGAAUGCUCUGAUUUCAGGAUAUGCUUUGAAAAAUAUAAAAGAAGCUAUUAAUCUUUUUAGUGAGAUGCUGGCAUUGGGGCUCAAGCCAUCUGAAAUUACAUUUGCAAGCCUGAUAGAUGCUUGUAAGGGUUCUCAGGUAAAUCUUGGGUUGCAGAUCCACUGUGCUAUAGUUAAGAGGGGUCUUUUAUGUGGUAGUGAGUUCUUAGGUACCUCUUUGUUGGGCAUGUAUAUGGACUCACAAAGGAUUGCAGAUGCCAACUUACUUUUCUCAGAGUAUUCGAACCUUAAAAGCAUUGUUAUGUGGACUGCUUUAAUUUCUGGUUAUACUCAAAAUGAUUGCUGUUACGAGGCCAUAAAUUCAUACCGAGAAAUUCGGGACAACAGUAUCUUCCCUGACCAAGCAACAUUUGUUUCAGUUCUUCGAGCUUGUGCUCUCUUAUCUGCAUUGCGAGAUGGGAAAGAGAUACAUUCUCUAAUAUUCCAUACUGGUUUUGACUUGGAUGAGUUAACCAGCAGUGCACUCAUAGACAUGUAUGCUAAAUGUGGGGAUGUAAAAAGUGCUGUGCAAGUUUUUGAAGAAAUGGGUACCAAAAAGGAUCUGAUUUCUUGGAACUCAAUGAUAGUUGGAUUUGCAAAAAAUGGUCAUGCAGAAAGCGCUUUGAAGGUCUUCAAUGAGAUGGCUCACUCAUGUGUUACACCAGAUGAUGUCACAUUCCUCGGAGUGCUCACUGCUUGCAGCCAUGCAGGGUGGGUUUUCGAGGGCCGUCAAAUUUUUGAUCUCAUGGUGAACUGUUAUGGCAUUGAACCCAGGGCUGAUCACUAUGCUUGCAUUGUGGAUCUUCUUGGUCGUUGGGGUAAUCUCAAAGAAGCUGAAGAGUUCAUCGACAAACUAAAUGUCGAACCGAAUGCUAUGAUUUGGGCCAAUUUAUUGGGAGCUUGCCGAAUUCAUGGCGAUGACAUAAGGGGAGAGCGAGCAGCUAAGAACCUUAUUAAGUUAGAACCUAACAAUUCUUCCCCAUAUGUAUUGCUUUCUAAUAUGUAUGCUGCAUCAGGACAUUGGAAUGAAGUUAGAUCUUUGAGGAGAACUAUGAUACAAAAAGAAAUCCAAAAGAUGCCUGGGUGUAGCUGGAUUGUUGUAGGACAAAAGACAAACUCAUUUGUUGCAGGAACUGUAAGGUUUAAUCUUGACCCUUUUAAUGAACACAAUGAUGCUGACCUCUGGGAGGCUCUGGAGAGGGCACAUUUGAAGGAUGUCAUUCGGAGGAAUUCUUUGGGGCUGGAUGCUGAGGUCUCUGAGGCAGGCGAGAACUUCAGUGUUGGGCAGAGGCAACUGUUGAGUCUCUCUCGGGCAUUAUUGCGUAGAUCAAAGAUAUUAGUACUUGAUGAAGCCACUGCAGCAGUAGAUGUUAGAACAGAUGCCCUCAUACAGAAAACAAUUCCAGAGGAAUUUAAAUCGUGCACCAUGAUCAUCAUUGCUCAUCGUCUUAACACCAUCAUAGACUGUGAUCGGAUUCUUUUGCUUGAUGGUGAUAAGGUUCUUGAAUAUGAUACCCCUGAAGAACUGCUAUCAAAUGAAGGCAGUUCGUUCUCUAAGAUGGUGCAAAGUACAGGAGCCGCAAAUGCCCAAUAUCUACGCAGCUUAGCAUUCAGGAGUAAGUCAGAUAGGGAAGAGAGUAAGCAUAAUGAUGGCCAGAAAAAAUGGCUUGCUUCGUCUCGCUGGGCUGCUGCAGCUCAAUUUGCCCUUGCCGUCAGUCUCACCUCAUCACAGAAUGACCUGAAAAGAUUGGAAGUGGAAGAAGAGAAUAGCAUACUCAAGAAAACAAGGGAUGCUGUGAUAACUUUGCAGGGGGUUUUGGAAAGGAAGCAUGAUAGAGAAAUCGAGGAAUCUUUAGACCGAUACCAAAUAUCCUCGGACAGUUGGUGGUCAUUACUCUACAAGAUGAUUGAAGGUCUUGCAAUGAUGAGCAGACUGGCCAGGAGCAGGCUUCAUCAAUCAGACUUUGAUUUUGAUGAUAGAUCAAUUAACUUUGAUCAAGUUGAUAUGUAGCCAAAGCUGCACUGUUAUAUAUUACCUCUGCUUCAAAAUAAUUGUUCAUUUGGACAAACAAUUAUUGUGAAUUGCAGGGAAUAUAACAUGUGCCGCAGUCCCACCAACUGACUCACAUACCCAAGGUUGUGCUAACUCUAUUUUUGGCAAUGUAGCUCCAUCACUCAGCCAUGAGACAUGAGUUCGAAAAUGCAAUAAGUUUCAUUUUGAUCUUAAUCCAGCAAUUAACCCAAUUUCCCUUAUCAUUUGUAAUGUAAUUUUUAUUGCCCAAAAUAUAUUAUGGAAAAAAAAA